GUAUCCUCGCAGUAGAAUAAAGACAGUAGAAGAAAUCACGAUGAGGGCGGACUUUGCGCACCGCGUCUUAUCCAUGGCUUGUCGAUGGUAAAAUAUACAUGUCGGGGGAGAGCAAUUCAAUUACAUUAUAGUAACAACCAUCUGUUCUACACUGGACUAUGCUAUGAGGACAAGGCCCAGCGAUGACUGAUGUGGAGCCUGUUGUCACCGACUUCGCAGCCACUGGGAGGACCGGCCGGAGGAACGCUGUACCUGAUAUUGUCGGGGCGGGGCCUGACGACAUGUCGGACAAACUAGCCGAGCUCUCUGUUAUAGAUGAUGUAGAAGAAGAAGGUGAGGGCUCAUCCUCUGGAAGCCCAACAAAGAGUCCUACAGAGGGGGAAGAAAAGGCAGAGGGGACUUAAGAGGGAUCUGGUCGCUGGCUAACUGAUUAGGAGAGUAGAACAAGAGAGACUGUCUCCACCACGGCCAGAUUCUCCUCAAACAACCCCCAUUGACCAGACAACUGUAAUCGUCAUGCACUGUGCUAUGCAACAUCAGGAGACCUACGACGGAAACAUAAAGGACUAGCAAUGUGAUGAAGGGAUGAGGCUCGGUCAUUGUUUCUUUUUAAGUUUAAUGUGGCAUUCAAGCCACAAGUCCCAUCAUUCAUAACAUGUACAGAGAAUGAGCCUGAAAGUCUUGUUCAUAUUAGCAUAUGCAGUGAACUGUUGAUGGUCGGGCUUGACUCAGAAAAAAAUGUAUUUCAUGUUUGAGCGAGGGACUUGUACAGAUGCUAUAUUCAGAAUUGUUCCAAUGAAAGCAUUUCCUCUGAAUGUCAGAUUGUUGCAGGAAUGUUUUUGCACCAAAAAGUUUAAACAUUCCAUUUGGUGAUGUAAGUAACAUUUGUAUCUUAUAAAUGUGGUUUAUUAGUGUGCUACAGUUUUAUCUGGACGUGUGUGUUUUUUACUGUUAAAAUAUACAUUAUUAACAACAGAGUUAUUAGAAAUGAAAGAAUAUGUGUAUUUUUAGUCUGUAAAUAGUUUUACAUUAUAUUUCCCACCCUGUAAAGACGCAAUUCAAUGUCCACUGCAGCUAAUAAACAUAACGCUUUAUGUAA